CUCUUUUCUAUCGCACGCGUGCGCAGAAAAGCACGUAUAUUUUAAUGGUGGAUACGCGUACAAUUCUAAGCGAGAGCAAGUAAAUUGACACAGCCCCGUGGGUUGCUGCUAUCGAUCGUGCGAGUUCCGGAUCCGAUAUUGUCGACGAUUUGGCCAGCGAGAGCAAUACGUAGCAUAGUCGCGAGUCACUGCGUAGCCAAUAGGUUCCACGGUGGUGUUAAAUCGGGAGCGCCGACAUGGGUUCCAACAAACGUCAUAAAACCGAAAAGUCUCGCGAUGCCAAGAAGAAGCGUCAUCGCAGCCGCUCCAGGAGCUACACGCCCGACCGCGACAAGUCUGAGAAGCACAGGCACCAUAAGAAACAUAGGAGGAAAGAGCGCAAGGACUACGACAGCGAUGUUGAGAUCGUUAACGCCCCGCCGCCACCAAAAAUAUCAAAAUCUUCGCACCCGUCGACACCUCCGCCGCCUGAGAUCUCCAAACAGCGGAGUCCGUCCCCCGCUAAGGGCGGGGCGUCGCAAGCCUCAUUGUCCAUCGAAGAAACCAACAAGCUCCGUGCAAAGUUGGGAUUAAAACCAUUGGAGUUGGAUACUACGUCCAAGGACGAUCCGAGCAAGAUCAAGGACGAUCUGGGCGAGUUUUAUCAUAAACCUGCUCCAAACAACAGUGAUAAGAUGAAGGCGCAGAAGCUGAGAGAGAAGAUAGGUAUACAAAAGGAGAAGAGACAAAUUGAGGCGUGCUUGUCGAAAAUGAGAAAUCUGGGAGAAUACGACUCGGACGACGACACCCAGGCAUGGAUCCACAAGUCUAGACAGCGAGAGGUAGAGAAGAAGAAGGCAGAGAUGAGAGCAAAGAUGCUGGAUCAAUUGGAUGAAGAAUUUGGAAUCGGUAAUUUAGUUAAAGAGGAAAUACAUACUGCUCGCAACGCCGCAUACACAGAGAAAGAUUUAAAAGGCCUUAAAGUCGAGCACGAUAUUGAGACACUUGAGGAAGGCAGAACUGUAAUUUUAACGUUGAAGGAUCAAGAAGUACUAAAUGAAAAUGGUGAUUUACUUGUAAAUGUGAACAUGAUUGACAAUGAACGCUACAAGCGUAGCGUUUUGAAUAAACUCAAAAAACCUACGUACGAUCCAUACGACGAGGAAAAUUUUGACGAAUAUGGGUUCUCUAAGAAUAAGAUUUUAGAAAAGUAUGACGAGGAAAUCGACGGCGAGAAGAAAGACAAUUUUGUGUUGGGUACAAAUAAUGCGGUAGAGUUUAAACGACGUCAGAUAGAGACGGUGAAGCAACGUUUGGCGAAUAAAAAAAUUGAAACGCUACAAAUGGCAGAGCCGAAAUUGGCGAGUGAAUAUUACAAUGAAGAGGAACUUGCCAAGUUCAAGAAGCCAAAGAAGAAGAUUCGAAAAAUGAGAACAAAAAAGAAAUUAAAAGCUGAUGAUUUAGUUCCUGUGGACAAUGAUUACCUCAGGGAUCUUGGAAGCAGGAGAAGAAAGAAACCAGAAGAUCUGAAGGAUAACGAUGCUUUGGAUGUCGAUGACUUAGAAGCUCCUACGGAAGAUCUUACUGGGAUAAAGCUCGAAGAAGACGAGAAGGAAUUGGAGUUGCAAAUGGCUUUGAAAAAGACUCAGCGUUUGAAGGAGGGUCAUUUGACUGACAUCCAGAAAACCGUUGAAACAAUAAAGCAAGAAAUGCUUAGCCUCGAGGACAAUCAAGCUGGAAAUAUCGUUCUCAAUUCUACUGCAGAAUUUUGUAGAACCUUGGGAGAUAUACCCACUUACGGACUCGCUGGAAAUAGAGAGGAAAAUGGACAAGAGCUUAUGGAUUUUGAAAUGGAUGAAAUUAAAGAUGAACCACCUGCAAACGAAGAGGAGGACGAUGGCCGCGGUGCCUGGAACGCGGUGCAUCUAGAUGAGAACACCACGGAACCGGUUGUAAUGGAGGCGGCAAUUUUAGACGCCGAGCCGUCACUCGGCCACGGGGUAGGUGGUGCUUUAAUGUUAGCUAUGAGUAAAGGUUACUUGCAGAAAGGGGACAGCAAUCGCCCUUCGGCGUCGCGCUUCGCCCAUCUACAAGCUCAGAAUUAUUCGAUAGAGGACAAAACAUACGGAGAUGAUGACAAGUUCGGCAGAAGAGAUCGCUUUAACGGACCGACGUCCGAUUUUAAGGAAAAAGAAGGUUUCAAACCAAACGUUAAACUUGAGUAUAUCGAUGAUGAUGGACAUGUCUUGUGCGCCAAGGAAGCUUUCCGAUAUCUAUCGCAUAAAUUCCAUGGGAAAGGCCCAGGAAAAAAUAAGGUGGAGAAAAGAAUGAAGAAGGCGGAACAAGAAGUUUUAAUGAAACGAAUGUCUUCAACAGACACGCCUUUAGGUACAUUAAAUUUAUUGCAAGCGAAACAAAAAGAGACACAAUCACCAUAUAUAGUGCUCAGUGGCAGUAAACAGAUGCAAACGACUAGUAUAGCUAAAACAAAGCAUUAAAGAAUAAUAACACAUACAAGGAUGAAAAUUGUAUAUAUAAUACAUGUAUAAUGUAGCAUCUGGAAAUAAAGGUUGAACUCACAAUUUAAUACGAAGAUCAUUAACUAGGAAUAAAAAGGAAAUUACGUUUUUUUUUUUUCAAUUAAUGAAACCACGAGCACAUGAUAAGUACUCAGCAUGAUUCAAAAUCAAUCAGUUCUGCGCCUGCGUAGUUUAUUUGACUGUAAUGUAUCACUGGAAAAGUAACAGCAAAAAUAAUAAUUUUAUAGAUUACUUUAUAUAAUAAAACGUACUUCAUAGAUACACGAGUGAAGUAACAUGUGCAUAUUAAUUUACUGCGCCUUUUUCUUUAUAAAGCGUACGCUCAAUAUGUCACCCGUAAGUAUUAAGUUGUUUUCUCUGUGCGAUAAUAUCUUAAUACAUUUCCGAACACUUAAUUUAUAAUUUAUAGAUUUCUUGCUGCCACAUUUAAUGGGCUAUUACUUGAAAAGGACUAGUAUUACUAGUCGAAACGUAGUGUUUUAAAUAAACAUAUGUGCCAGU